UCUGAUGAGCGGAUUCGUGACAAUUGUGGCCCGGUCUGAGGGCUGCCCGGGUGCAGGCGACAAUUUCGGGGCCGGCUGGCCCGCGGCUGACCGGGUCCUUGAGGCCGGGACGUGGGCCGCGGCCAGCGGCCGCGCUUGCGCGCGCGCCACCCCGCCGCGUCGGCCGGCCGCCCGCGCGCCGCGCCGUAGUCACCACUCGCCACGUGAGCGGCCAGAGAGGUCGGUCGGCGCCGGCGCGGCUCCCGCUGUCGGUCUGUUCAGUCUGCAACGUGCUCGACGCCAUCCGCCAUGACUGAAGCGGCGGGGGACGGCGGCAGCGCCGACGGAGGCAAGAAGGUGACCCUGAUGAACGGCGUGACCCUCAUCGUGGGGUGCAUCAUCGGCUCCGGCAUCUUCGUGUCACCGACCGGCGUGCUGGCCAACGCCGGCUCGGUCGGCGUGGCGCUGAUCCUGUGGGGCGUCUGCGGCGUCAUCUCCACGCUGGGCGCGCUCUGCUACGCCGAGCUGGGCUGCUGCAUCCCGCGCUCCGGCGGCGACUACUCGUACAUCCUGGAGAUAUUCGGCCCGCUGCCGGCCUUCCUGCGCCUCUGGGUCGGUCUGGUGGUGAUACGACCGAGCCUCUCCGCCAUCGUGGCGCUCACCUUCGGAGAAUACGCCGUGAAGAGGGUCUACCCUGACUGUCCGGUGCCAGGAAGUCUUACGAAGCUUUUGGCAGCUAUCUGCAUCUCCAUCCUGACGUUCGUCAACUGCAUGAGCGUGCGCUGGGCGAUGCGAAUUCAGGACGUCUUCACGGCUGCAAAGCUCAGCGCUCUGGUGGCGAUCAUCCUCGUGGGAUUGGCUUACAUCGGAAUGGGUCACAGCGAACACCUGCAGCCGGCCACGGCUUUUGAGGGCGAGGUGACGGUCGGGGGCACGGCUUUGGCUCUCUACUCCGGCCUGUUCGCCUACGCUGGCUGGAACUUUCUCAACUUCGUCACCGAGGAACUGCAAAACCCAUACAGGAACCUGCCUCGCGCCAUCGGCAUGGCCAUGCCCAUCGUGACGCUGGUAUACGUGGCCGCCAACGUAGCCUACUUCUCCGUGGUCUCGCCGAAGGAAAUGCUCGCCUCCCCAGCCGUGGCAGUGUCGUUUGGCGACAAGACGUUCGGCGUGAUGGCCUGGUGCGUGCCCGUCUUCGUGGCCCUCUCCACCUUCGGCAGCGUCAACGGCAUCAUCUUCACGUCGUCGAGGCUGUUCUUUGUGGGCGCCCAGGAGGGCCAGCUGCCCGCCCUGCUGUCGUUCGUGCACACGGAGCGCGGCACGCCCGUUCCGGCGCUGCUGACACUGUACGGCCUAUCUCUGGUGAUGGUGGCGCUCGGCGACAAUGUAUUCCAGCUCAUCGACUACGUAUCGUUUGUGCUGUGGUCGAUGGUGGGCGGUGCCGUGGCCGGCCAGCUCUGGUGGAGAUACAAGAAACCGGAUCUUAUUCGUCCGAUCAAGUUCAACAUCAUCAUCCCGAUCGUGUUCUUCUGCGUCUGCGUGUUUCUGGUGGCAGUGCCGCUGAUCGUUCAGCCAUUCAACGCCGGAAUGGGUGCGCUGAUCGCCCUCUCUGGCAUUCCCGUCUACCUGGUCGGUGUCAAGUGGACGAACAAGCCCAAGUGGCUCCUGCAAGCCGACCACCGGAUAACGAAAGCCUUGCAAAAGCUGCUGAUGGUCGCUCCGCAGCGUGAGGACAAGCCGGAGCCGCUGCUUCCCAUGGACGAGAAGCCGGUGCCGACCUGAGUCAGCGUCUGAGCGCCGCGACGAAACCGACGCAUCUGUCCGCAUAUCUCAUACCGGCGAUCGAAUGGCCAAGGCGCACGACCACAACUUAUUUCAGCGCAACGGUUCUAUUAAAGCGUGGACGAUCGCUAUGUUUAGUGCCAUUGGAUGUGUUCAACCUGUGUUCAAAUGGUCAUCAGCGUGGUGCCAGUCUUCUGCUUAAUGUGUUCAUAUCGUGAGCUGGUUCUAAGCAAUCUAUCUUACAACCUUAGGGAAGUCCCAGUUUUAGCGGCACCGACAUAGGGUUUUGUCCUAUUCGCAUUUUACCAUUUGCUUUCCGUGGGCUGUGACCUUCACCUAGAGGAUCAUGAAUGCCUAUUAUCAGAUUUUUUACUCCAUGGAGCGCGCUGUUUUUUUACAUAGAAAGCUUAAACUAGAAAUACGUCGUCAUCAACCAACAAACAGCACGAUUUCCGCCUUGAACAUAUUCAAACCGAAGAGUUACUUUUCUAAACCCAUGUUAAAAUCAUAUUCAGCUCACUCAAUUUUAAAAUCUAGCACAAAAUUGGUGUGCUCUGAUUACGGUCACAACUUGAGCGAUUUAAGACGUCUCACAUACAGGCAACAACAUGGGGGAACUUCUGGAAACGCUUGAAUGUUUCUCAUGCUUGAGUCAUGUUCACGACAUGACUCUGCAAAGGUCUGCAGAGUCAUGUCGAUGCAAAGGUCUGCAGCAGGUCAGAAAAUUAUUGCACUUUCCAAAAGUCAAGUAAUUUUCUUCAGCCGUUUCUAAACAGUAUUCUUGCGCACGAAAGUAAUGCCACGUUCUUCUCAUAUGUGACGUGUCGACUUGAAGUAUGGUGAAUAAUGCCUUUAAUUGACCUUUAAUUGACAUCAAUUCGAAAAUAUUUACUCGGUACAGAAUUAUGUUACUUUUUUCGCAGGCAAUCAGUUGCCUGAAUAGGUAGGCUGUGCCGCAUGGCACGGGCCGAGUUCACAGUUCAAUCCUGUGACCCAAUGCUCACCAUAGCCACACUUAAUUGCGCGAUGAACGGUGCAACUUAGCGUUUUAUUCAACUGAUACCUUCUGAGGAGUGGAACAUCAUUCUGUAAGUAACUAUAUUAUAUACAAUGCUUAGUUUUUCUCGCAGCAAACUCGUGACAAGGCUGAUUUCUGCUUUCAAAUCUUUGUUUCUUUUUUAGGAAUCUUGAAAAUGGAAUAUGCUAUUUGUAUAAGAUAUGUAAUGCGAAAACUAACAGAAAGAUCCAAAUUCAUUUGCGUAUUGGGUCCCCUGGCCCGAUGGGUGUCGUUGCUGUUUCGCUCCCCCGUGGAAUUUGAUUGAGAAGUAUCUAUCGGGUGUGCAGCUGGCGCUACUGGCGCCGGAUCGCCCAUCCGUGCGACUCAGUGCAGAACACUCACCGUGUCCUGAUAGUCAGCCUUGCAACGGGAGCGUAUUAACCUUAGAUGUGCUUGUAUGUAUAUACGCUGCUGACACUAGCCUAUACAGGGACUUGUAAGAGGACCCGGUUUCCAUAACAAAGUGGAAAACUCGUGAGGCUUACGGACCUCUGCAUGACAUCUAUGUCAUAUUCUGCACCCAAGGGACCAAUCGAAGCCUCGUGGCUGCCUUCCCAUGCUAUAGCUGUCAUGUGCUGCGUCAUCAGUCGAGCCCCGUUUGUUCGGGCUGGACUGGACGUGGCCGUUUCAUAUAGCCCGGGGUGGGCGCCACCUACUGCCGAAUUUCGGCAACGGUUGGACUGUGUCCACCAAGAUCUAUGUAUCGGUCGCAGAACGUCUGCGCUGACCCCGGUGUGCAAAGUCACCUUAAAGGGACAUGUUCAUCUUGACAAAGUGAAGGUACUGAGUGCUAGUGCUGAAACACAGAUAUAAUAUAUGGAAAUUGCUAAUCCAGCUACAUUAACUGCUCAGUCGACAUGGCUGUCGAAAUAAUAUGUAGGUAUGCUGCAAACAACGCACUAAAAUUCCUGUAUGGGCGCUGACUUUAUAUCAGCAUAGACAAAUACGUGGUUUACGAGUGGCUUGCGUCUCAUUUGACUGAUUUACAA